CAUCAUGCACCUCUGGUAUUUCCGUAGAGCCAGUAAUAAGGACUUUGGAUGUGUUCUGUUCAUACCGUUCAUACGCUAAGAGUUGCAGCAGUCAGCUUGUUUAGGCCCAAUCACAUCCAAACCAACCCGAGUCCCUAACGGACCUGAAGGAGAGUUAACGCUAGAAGAGUCGGGAGGAUCAACGGAGACCCAACGGGCACAGCACAGUAGGACCGAGCCGGACCCACAGCGGGACCCCACAGACACUGGGUAGUAUGUUCACAGAGGUGCUGGUUGCUCUGGUGAUUGGAGGAUUGAUCUACUUCCUGGUGCAGAGGAGCAGGACACAGGUUCUUAAAACGAAGGAUGGCUGGUGGGGUGCCGGUGCACCCCCUGAUGGUGGGGAGGACAUCACCAUUCGCCCCUUUAAAGUCACCACCAGCGAUGAAGAACUGGAGGAUCUCUACAGGAGGAUAGACCAGACUCGCCCUGUUCCUUCACUGGAGGACAGCCAGUUUCAUUAUGGCUUCAACUCCCAGUGCCUGCAGAAGGUAGUCUCUUACUGGAGAAAUGACUUUGACUGGAGGAAACAAGUUGACAAGCUCAACCAGUAUCCCCACUUCAAAACCACCAUCGAAGGCAUUGGAGUCCAUUACCUGCAUGUGAAACCCCAGAAGGUGCCAGAGGGUUCUACUGCUAUUCCUCUCAUAAUGGUCCACGGCUGGCCUGGAUCCUUUUAUGAGUUCUACAGAUUGAUCCCUCUGCUAACAGAACCAUCUGACCCAAGUGACCUUGUGUUUGAGGUGGUGUGUCCCUCCAUACCAGGGUAUGGCUUUUCAGAAGCUCCACAUAAGAAAGGUUUUGAUUCAGUUUGUGCAGCACACAUUUUCCACAAACUGAUGCAGCGCCUGGGCUUCCAGCAGUUCUAUGCUCAUGGAGGAGACUGGGGCUGGCUGAUCACCAACAACAUGGCUCAGCUUGGGCCCAAGACUGUCAAAGGUUUGCACAUAAACUUUGCUCCGACCUCCAAGCCUGGCCUGUCCGUGACAUUAUCCAUCAUGCUCGGCCAGCGUUUCCCUAAGCUGUUUGGCUUCACGGAUUUUGAUAUUCCACGUCUCUACCCCCUUUUGGAGAAAUUUGUGGUGGAGCCCGUUAAAGAGUCUGGCUACAUGCACAUCCAGGCCACCAAGCCUGACACUGUGGGUCGAGGAUUGAAUGACUCCCCAGUGGGUCUGGCUGCCUACAUUCUGGAGAAGUUCUCUACAUGGACGAAUCCUGACUUCAGGGACCUGGAGGAUGGAGGACUCACCAGGAAGUUCUCUCUAGAUGACCUGCUGACUAAUGUAAUGAUCUAUUGGACAUCUGGCUGCAUCAUCUCCUCCAUGAGGUUCUACAAGGAAAACUUUGCCAAAGGCCUCAAUCAGCCUCAUGCUAAAAUGCCUGUGUACGUCCCCACUGGGUUGGCCUGCUUCCCCAACGAGCUGAUGCACACUCCUAAACUAUGGGCCAAACAGAAAUACCACAAUCUCAUCACAUAUAACCCCAUGGCCCGUGGAGGCCACUUCGCUGCCAUGGAGGAGCCCCAGCUGAUGGCAGAGGACAUCCAGAACUUCAUUAAAAUAGUGGAAGAGAAGAAAAAAUAGUAGGGGUUGACUGAUGCGCAGGUGAUUUUAGGUAUUGAUACUAAGUCGAUGGAUGAAUAGACAGAAGGUGUAGAAAUGUACCCAUUGUGAUUCUGCACUAUGAACAAAUAAUCUACUUUGCUCUAUCUACUUCUUUGUGAUUGAGGCAGUCUUCACCCGUGUUAACACUAGAGAAUGUUGGGUUGUUAGUGUACUCUGGCCAUCUGAUAUGCUGGACAGGUGAGUGAGCAACUGGGUUGAUGGCAGGAGAAUGCUUCAGGUGGAAAUAAUCAGAGGGUUGGUAGUUCUAAAGUGCCCAGCUUGUUUUGGAGAUUCUGUCUUUCACGUUUAAACUCUGAAGCCGUACACAUUUCAGUGUUUACAGCCUUCUUUACUAAUUCAAGUCCUUUUCAAGUCAAAUAGAUCAGUUAAAAUAACACUUUCUCCGUGUUUUUGGCAAAGUUGCAUCAUCGAAGCUGUGUUUCCAUCCAACGAAUUUCAAUGCACAGCUUGAACAUUUGCAUGACAAAAGCUUGAUGGAAACACCAAAGAUCGAAAAAUAGUUAAAGUUAAAAAAUUCUGCUCGCUUGAGUUGGUUCUUGUCUUUUUCGAAAAAUAGUUAAAGUGCUAAAUGGGAAAUGGAAACAAUUUUUGCAAAUAAGUUGUGACAUAGUUAACAUUUAACUCACAUGACUGAUCAGCUGUUUCUGCUCUGCUGGUGUAGACAAGCUGACGUGAAAGACUAAUUAUAAGUUGCCCAACUGAAUCUAAUUCCUGAAGUGAGAGUUCUCCCAAAGUUGUCCAAUUUGCAACCUCAUUUUUUAAAAAUAAUUUUUUCUCUCUUGCUCAAUCUCUUCCUCUACUGUGUACUGACGGAUCAGCCUACAGCAACACAUUACACUGCCUACUUCUGAUCAAAGUGCAGCUUUGUUUAUUUGAUUUAAACCAGUUGAUGGAAUUCACAUUUUCUUUAAUGCAACAUUGCAAAAUUUCACUUCAAAAUUUGAUUCGACUUUAAUGGAAACAUGGCUAGUGUGUUGUUAGGAUGCACAGCAAGGUUAUUAUAGUUAAUGAAAACUAACGAAAAAUCGAAAGCUAGAAUUGAAAAAACAUUUUCAUUAACUGAAAUAGAAAUUAAAAAUGAGAGUUUUUUUUAAAACUAUAGCUUAACAAAACUGUGUUUUGUGGUUGCAAAACUAACUAAAAUCAUUGUGAAAAUGUCCUUAGUUUUCGUCUGUGAAUUUUUUUCAUACAUAAACCUUUUUGGUUGAGAUGAAAUCUAUUUCAUUUAUCUGGUUUUAUGACUUAAUAAACUUAUUAGGGCUGAGAUGGAUCAGGCAAAGGAAAUAAAGGCAACAUUUAUUGUGACUUUUUUGAAUCUCACACCCAACAAAUACCCCAUUACAAAAAACUAAAACUAACACUAAAACAAAUAAAAACUAAACUAAAACUAAGCAUUUUCCAAAAAAUAAAAAAUAAUUAAAACUUGCAAACUCACUCUAAAAACUCAUUAAAACUAACUGAAUUUGAAAACAAAAAAUCACAACAAAAUUAAAACUAAAACUAAUAAAAACUAAACUAAAACUAAGCAUUUUCCAAAAAAUAAACUCUAAUUAAAACUAGCAAACUCACUCUAAAAACAUAUUAAAACGAACUGAAUUUGGAAACAAAAAAUCACAAUGAAAUUAAAACGUAAACUAAUAAAAACUAAACUAAAACGAAGCAUUUUCCAAAAAAUAAAAACUAAUUAAAACUAGCAAACUCACUCUAAAAACGUAUUAAAACUAACUGAAUUUGAAAACAAAAAAUCACAACGAAGUUAAAACUAAAACUAAAACUAAUAAAAACUGAACUAAAACUAAAUAAAGCACACUUCUCUGCAGCGCUGUGACAGCUUCAUGUGUCAGUCAGGAAGCAGAAAACCGCAUCCAUUCAUUCACAGACUUCUCACAACUUGCCGUAGUAUUGGAGCAUUAAUGAAGCAGCUGCAGGUGGAAGGUCAGGGGGCUCUGGACGAGGUGCCAGACAUUCUUCUAACUGAUAACAUGAUGACACACCCUCCUCAAACCUCUGAAUCCUCUUUGGUUUCACUGCAUACACUGCAAAAAAGGUGUAUCUAAAAACAAGAUAAAAACACUAAAUCUGAGGGAAAUCUUGCUGCAUGGACAGAUAAUUUCAGUUGACAAGAUUUCUUAAAUUAAGAUUAUUAAAUCUAGAAAUCUGCAUGUUGAACACUUAAAAUAAGAAAUUAACUCUUAAAACAAGAUAAAUUAUCCAACACUUCUAAAUCUAAAGUUUUUUUUUUUAUCUUGGUAAGAAACAAAUAAUUGUCAGUGCACUCUGCUCGGGCCAGUUCAUCGCUGCUUGCAGUUUUAAUUUAUCUUGUUUUAAGAGUUAAUUCCUUAUUUUAAGAUUUCAACAUGCUUUUUUCUAGAUUCAUCUUAAUUUAAGAAAUGUUGUCAAGUGAAAUUAUCUGUCCAUGCAGCAAGAUCAUUUCCCUCAGAUUUAGUGUUUUUAUCUUUUUUUUAGACACACCUUUUUUGCAGUGUAUGUUAUGUAACGUAUUCAAAACUCAUUUAAGUUGUUUAAAAGCUUUUAUUGAAGUCACGUCUAUAAUGCUUUUUUAUAUGCAUUAACUCUUACUUACUUUUUGUAUCAUUGAUUGACUUUAAUUGUAUUAGCACUGCAUCCUUAUAUCAAUGCUAAUAAGAAACAUGUAAGGUUUUUGACAUUUAGCACUUUAUAUGUGCAUAAUAGCCUCACAUGCGAGUGAAAAUAAAGAGUUAACUCAUUGUCAGUGUUCAUCAUUUUGAUCUUGAAUAAGCUGAAUAAAAAAGUCUGAAAAUGA